AUACCACCCACAUGACAUCCUGCACAUCUGCACAUGGUAGAGAGCUGUAUAAAAGUUGUGCUUUCAUUUUGAUACUGAAUUGCAAGAAACAUUACUAAUAAUGAGUUGCUUACUGUGGAAGACAGCUACUCUCCUGAGCCUGGUUUGGGCUGUUGGAGGACAAUUAAGUGGAGAUCUGAGGCUGGUAGACAGAGUUAGUCAAACAGGAGGCUCCUCUGGCAGACUGGAAGUCUAUUACAGUAGACAAUGGGGAACAGUGUGUCAGGACAGCUUCGGUUCAAAUGAUGCAAGAGUAGCUUGUCGUCAACUAGGGUUCUCAACCUACACUCAAUACGGAACAGUUGGAAGGCUAGGUUUCUCUGAAGCUUCAUCAUUCACUCCAACAUGGCUGGACGAGCUUCGUUGUCGAGGAACUGAGAGCAGACUCAGUAAUUGCCCUGCUAACCCUAUCGGAGUUGAAGAUUGCUUCCAUUCAGAAGAUGUGGCCUUGAUCUGUACUGCAAGCACUGCAAGCCCAAAUGGAGACCUGAGGCUGGUAGGCAGGUCAGGCCGAACAGGAGGCUCCUCUGGCAGACUGGAGGUCUAUUACAGUGGACAAUGGGGUACAGUGUGUCAGGACAACUUUGGCUCAGGUGAUGCAAGAGUGGCUUGUCGUCAACUAGGGUACUCAACCUCCACUCGAUACGGAAGAGUUGGGCUGCUAGGAUUCUCCCAAGCUUCACUAUCCACUCGGAUAUGGUUGGACGAGCUUCGUUGUCGAGGAUCUGAGAGCAGACUCAUUAAUUGCCGUGCUAACCCUAUCGGAGUUGAAGAUUGUGGCCAUUCAGAAGAUAUUGCCUUGUUCUGUACUGGAUCAUCAGCGUCCAGCGUAACUAUCGGUGUUGGGGCAACAGUCCCUUUCAUCAUCAUCGUCUUCAUAUUUUUGUUUAUCGUCUUGUUGUGUGGUAUCAUAAGAAGGCGUCGCCUGAAUCGCCCCCCACCCAGGAAUCUAAACACUAACACUACAUCGACAGCUACAACGACCGUCACAAAUACACAAAAUACAGCCUACUCCAUGAAUCAAAGAUCCUCAAACUCUAAUCAGCCUCCCCCUCCAUCUAAUCAGCCUCAACCAGCAGCUGCCUACCCGACUGGACAAUAUUCCGCCCCCUCGUACUACACGUCCUACCCUCAGCAACCCCCAGCCCCUUAUCCUCAGCAACCCCCGGCCCCUGAAAAACCGCCCCCUGCAAUGCAUUUUUCUGGCGGAGAAGCCCCUCCACCAUAUCCGGGAUAACUAUGGGUACUGCCCACCAAGUAUUAUUUUAUUAUUGACCGAUAGUGAUAGUAUCAUUCUGCUUUACUUGAUGUCUCAUAGCUCAAUUUCAUCUCAGUCUCCUUCAAUUCUGAUAUCAUAUUUUUGGUGUCAAAAUAAUUAUGUUAAAUCACUUAUGCAUGCACAUACAGGUGUAUAGGGGCCAUCAUCAUUUUUCGGCCUUGGAUUUAGCCUCGAUAAAUACCGGUAUUUAUUACUUAGCUAUUAGAGUUAUAGGCUAAAUUCCAGGCCGCAAAAAAAAGGCGCCUUUUUCUUUGCUGCCUGGAAUUGAGGCUACACCUUGGACCUAGCCUCGAUUCAAGGCCGAUAUUAAUCGGCCUGGAAUUGAGGCUACCUUGGACCAUGCAUGCAUGGGCGAUUAUAAUCUAUUGUAUUCAGCCGAAAUUGUCGAUUCUUUCAUUUCCCAAAUUUGAACUUUGAGGACAUAAUGUUUUCAGAAAUCAUUGUUGAAGAAACCAUAAUUUUUAUUACUCAGCUAUUAAUUGUUGAAGUUAGGCAUAAUUGA